AAAAUACAUCUAUUGAUCAGAGUUAACAGGGAAAACAGAAGUUGUGUUCUUGUGUUAACGUGGGAUUGGAUGUGUCUGCACUUCAAAGCCACUUAUGUGUUCUUUUAAGUAUUUCUCACCUUUAAGUUUCACUGAAAACCAAAAAAAAAUUCAUGCAUUUGUUUUGUGGGGGAUGACACUUCACCUCCAGAAAAGGAAGUUUAAAGUUAGAAGAAUAAAUGUGUGUGUGCCUUUGCUGUGUGGGUCAGCCGUCCGCCUGCUGGAAUGUGUUGACAGAGCUCUUUGUGGGGACGCAGGCCUUCAGCAGAGCUGGAGAGUCCCUCUUUUUGUCCCGUCUUUCCUUCUCGUGCCAUGAGUGAGACAUCAGGGGACAAUGUGGGCAUUGUGCGCCACUUCAUUUAUCAUGUUUUCUCUGUCCGUGGUCGAGGAGGAGUUUUAGUCUGCGAGGAGGAGCUUGACAAACAGCUUCAAGACGCCGGACUGCAGUGAGAAUCCGACCAGGAGAGAGGAUGCAAAGAGAAAAGUAAGUUUGCUGAAAAGAUGCACAUUUAAAAGCAUUAAUUGAUUUGGUAAUGUUAUUUUGAAGGCUUAUUUAAUUUAAAAACAACUUGCUGACAAUUCUCCCAUAAACACAUCUGUUUGUUCUCUGAUUAUAAGUUCUUGGAAAGCAGCAUAAAUAUAAAUCUGUUUGUUUGUUAGUGCUUUUGUUUAUUUAUUGGCUUCAUGUUGACGUGGGGGAAUCAAGCUGCUGCCACUGUUGAUUCGACUGUCUCUGAAUAAAUUCAGAGCAAUAAAUGGCCCCCGCCUGCGGACACGUGGUCCCCGCAGUUAAUUGACAGGAGAGGUUGCAGAGAGCUGCAUUUGUCAGCAGGCCGGCACGCCGAACGCAGGGCGGCGGAGGAGGAGGAGGAGGAGGAGGACGGGGAGUGCAUGUGUCCAUCACGCACAGCAGACAGGCUGCCACCAAGACAGGGGAGUGAUGAGAGAGCAGCACGGGCCCGUUGCCAUGCCAGAAGCCUUCGGCUCUCUGGAAACCUGCCAUGUGACAUCUGGCUGCCUGCGCUCCGCCAGAAGGUCAAAAGGAGCCCGUACAUUUCACAGAAAUGCAGAAAGCCAAAAUCCAGCAGCAGCAGCUCGACUUCUCCUCUGAUGGUGUCCCCGCGUUUGAGUGCCUUGAUCGGGCACCGGCGCAGCGGCAGCCCGAGGAGGCGUUUGACCGCGCGUUUCCCCGGAGGUCAAAAGCUCCAAACCCCAAGUUUACUGUCAGUAAAACCAUUUUCCCCUGGAUGAAGGAGUGCAGACACUCAGAGCACAAACCCGACAGGAGGAUCUCAGACAAAACUCCAAAUGCCACCCCGGCCUCCAAGCGCACGCGCACUGCUUACACGAGCGCCCAGCUGGUGGAGCUGGAGAAGGAGUUCCACUUCAGCCGCUACCUGUGCAGGCCGCGCAGGGUGGAGAUGGCCAGCCUGCUCAACCUCAACGAGCGGCAGAUCAAGAUCUGGUUCCAGAACCGGAGGAUGAAGCAGAAGAAGGAUCAGAGGGCGCGCGGGCUCACCGCCUCCCCCUGCUCACCCGCGUCCUCCCCCUCCGCCGGCGCGAGCCCGACCCUGGCCAGCCUCGGAUACGUCCACGUGGGCGGCGACUACUCGCUGCAGGCCUCCCCUCCCCUGAAACCCCCGCAGCCGCAGCUGGCCUACCCGGCGGAGUUCAGCAAAUACCCAGAUCCGGGACUGACGCGCGGGCCGCACUUUGACGCACAGUACAACAGCCCGGGAGGGGGGGACCUGAGCGGGCAGUACUUCUCACAGCAGAGCUGCGCCCCCCAGGACAGAAUCCUGAGAGCUCCAAGACUGACCCAUCUGUAGAGCCCAUUUAUUUAUUUAUUUAUUUAAAAUAAUUAUUUUGCACAUUUAUCAUCAUUCAGGUUCCAUACAGCCAAAAAAUGGUUUAAAUAAGUUUUCUCGAUUGAGCCCUGAUUGAAGUGUUAAAUAAUUUAGUAAAAUAAAAACUUUAUGAUAAGAAGCGUAAAAAAAUGAAAUUCAGAUGAUCGUUUUCAAUUUUUUUUGCCAUACUUUUUAUUUUUAUUUCUGUGUUUUUUUCAUUUUAUUCAUUUUUGCCAUUUCUGCUGCUAAAAUUCACACUUUUUUAGGAAAUAAACAGAUAAAAAUAGCUUUCCCUUAGAAAAUAUUCCGAAAAUUUGGAAAUUAUUUAAAAGUUGCUACCAAAGUACAAUAAAAACUUAAUUUACACCAGAGAACCAUCACACCACUUUAGCUGUCACUUAAUUACAGAGGGGCUUUUGGAUUAAGGCUAAACUAAAAUAAGACGAGAAGACAAUA